GAUGUAUUCCCUUCUUGUCCGAUUCUUGUGGUUGACGACCGUUUGCCACGCUUCCGAAUAAUUAUUUACAGCAUUUUAGUUAAUUAAUUAAAAAAAUAGAAAUUAUAUAUUUUUUAUUUAUAGCGAAAUGACAACUUUAAGAGCAAUCGGUUAAACAGUUAAAUAGUUACGUUUAUGCUAAUAUUUUUCUACUGUUUUGCGUUUUUCAAUAGGUUGCGAUUGACAUGUUGCCAAAUAACAUGUUUAACAACCGAAAUUUUAUGUGUCACGUUCUUCCCGAACAAAUUUAUACGCAUUUCGCAUUAUGUGUUGAAGUGUAAGUCGGAUUCACUUCCCUUCAUCGAUGUUGCAAGCACAUUACUGUCAAGAACUGGCUGCUCACUGAUAUACUGUAGAGAACAUUAUAGAGAGAAACAUGGACCAAAUCAUUGAUAUAGACGAUGUUGAGACUGGGAUGCGCUCUUCCAAGAGUUCGUGGAUACCCUUUGGUUGUAUCAGCUCGAACUCAAUAUGCUACGUCGUAAUUACAAUUGCGACUCUGGCCUUCCUCGGCACUAUCGUCUUCAUCUGCAGGGAUUACAUAAAGCUGCUGCUUUAUUGGAUCGAGCAUCAGAAUGCCUGGAUCAUCGCCGUGAUCUUUAUAGGUCUGUUCACAGUGGUGUCGUUCCCAAUUGUGAUUGGCUAUCUGUUCCUCAUUGUCGCCAGUGGCUAUCUGUUCGGCGUGAUACGCGGCAUGGCGAUUGUUAUACUCUCCGCUAAUCUUGGCAUAGCGAUUGCCCAUGUCACCCUGGGCCUACUGUCCACCAGGCUACCAAUUGGUGCUCUCCUGCAGAGCGACACUGCGAGAGCGAUACUUCGCGUGAUAUCUGGGUCCCAGGCUUUCAAGAUCGUCCUGUUCGCGAGGCUCACCCCGAUUCCAUUCGGUCUUCAGAACACUAUUUUUGCAGUCAGUAACAUAGGUGGUUUUCAUUACCACGUAGCCAGUGCAAUAGGUUUAUUGCCUGCCCAACUGGUCAACGUUUAUCUAGGCAGCAGUCUGAGGUCGAUGCAGGAUGUAUUGGAAGAUAGAUCUACGGCGGCGACUGGCUACGUAGUAUUUUGCUUCCAGAUAUUAGUAGGAGUCUCGCUGAUGGUUUAUAUUGUACAGAAAGCACGAAAGGAGCUUCAGUUAACGUUGUUCGAGGCCGAUCUUGCGUCCAUGGCGAAUUCCCCUCAUUAUAUUCUGGACGGUCUACCAGACUCUAAGAUAAUUUUAACGAAUUUAAUUGCGUAAUUUUUUUUUUAUGAAUGUUACAAGCAUUUUUGACAAUUCUUUUAUACGAGCAAUAGCUCUUUCUUUCUUCAGUUAUUAUAUUUCUAACAUUAUUAUUCUGUGUAUCUUCCAAAAGUUAUUAAUUUUAUUAAGACUUAUUGAUGGUGCUUUCGAAAAUUUAGACUCUUGAAUGUGACAUUAUGCAGGAAUCUGUUAUCGGAGAUAAUACGUAUUAAGUCUUACCAAAGCUAACGUGAUUUUAGUACUAAACAAAGCUCAUAGAGCAUGCAACGCGUGCAUGUAUAUUUUGUCUAAACAAAUGGAUGGAACCAAGAGUUGACACAGAACUGCAAAUCCAAUGUAUAAAGCUUCCUUGCAAUAAGAGCAUACUAAUUUAUAUAUUGUUCAUAUAUAUAUAUAUAUGUAUAUCUAAGAUAUACAUAUGUUAUUAAUGAUAGAGACUGAAACUUUACUAUUACUUUAUUUAUAUACUUUUUGCAAUGUUAUUGAUCAGUUAUUGAGAUGCGUUUGAGGAGAUACUCUACUAUCGCUAUUCGUGCUAUUUUAAUUUUAUUGUUCCCCAGACAACAAAGUGUCUCAGUAAAAUCAUGCAAAUCUGUGAUUGCUUAUAAUGCUAAAAACUUGUGUAUUUAUUUUAAUUUCGAAUAUACCGACAUUGUACCACACAGGCAAUAAUGAAUAUGCGUAUUGCUAGCAAUUAACGGCAAGAUAGCAAUAUCAAAGAUACCUUGCGUUGGCAAUAUGAUAGUAUUGAUGAGUGUGAGCCUAUAGAUUAUGGCAACAGCACGAAUUCUGAUGAUGAAGACUUUACAGUUGUCGAUAAGUUGCUAAUAUUAUGAAGGCAUCAACUUGUCAACAAAUAUAAAUCCCGUUGCUGCAAUUCUGGUAGCAACACAUUUAUUUGCGAGUAACUUGUCAAUAAGAUAGACACGUUGCUAUCUAAAUCAUUAGACGUAAACAAGGAGUGACACAAAUAGCGCUAAUAGUGUCUCAUCAAAUGCACUCUUGGUUUCUCUCAGUUCUUUACAGUCCGAAACAUGGUGGAAGAAACCCAUCAUGGUUCGAAAUAUGUUGUUAAUGAUAUUUAAUGUGCAUUUGUCCGUUGUUUUUUCUCGUGCAAUAUUAUUCCGUUUGUAUUGUAUAUUAUAUUAUAAAGAGAUAUACAGAGUUAUAUAUUCGUAUGAUGUAAUUCUGAAAGGAGAAUGUAUCCCGAUGAUAGGAAUGGAAAAAAAAAUGAAUAAAUUUCUCAUUCUUUAACCGAAGUUUGCGUGUGUAAAUAAAUUCCAAACUCGUAGUUUUUUUCUCUCUGUCGUGUACUUUGUAAACAUUUAUUAUCUGACUAGAACUUCGGAUGUAUAUCCACGUUUUUCGUUUUGCUCGCUUGAAGCUUGAAGAACUUCGCGUAUGUUCCCUGUAUAUAGUGCGUACAAGCAACACCUGAUCCUUCCAGCUUCGAGACGUCUAAUAUAUCGUAUAUUUAGAGGAAUGGCGGCGUCAUCUCGUUUUUAUGCCUGCGUACACUUUCGUUUCGUCUCUCUACUCAUAUAUUUUUUUUCUGUAUGUAUAUAUAUAUAUACUCCGUUCAUUUUUUUUACAAUUCCGUUAUCUAACUUAGCAUAACUGGAAUCACAUUAUAAAAAUCGUCUCGACGUUCUUUAUCAUCAUAUAAUCGUGUAUGUACAAAGAUAGAGCGCGGUCGGAUACUCUUAGCUGCUAUACAGUUUUUGCUUCUACAUCUUACAAUAUAUAUAUAAUUGCAUCGUUCUCGCAUACGCCUCUUUCCUCAGUAAUGUUUUAAGCUCGCGAGAGGCUGAUUACGUAUAUACAAUGUACAAUAUGCAUUUUAGCCGAUGAACAAUUAAGUGUAACGUACCGACAAUUGUGACACGGAAAUAGAUCGUGACUCGUCAUCAUAGGUAUUUACAUGCUAACGAAAACUUAGUUCCUGAAAUUUACUCGGGUAUCUUAUCGCAGUUGAUCGUUUGUGGAAAGGAGCUGACAGCCUUUGGGGAAGUCAAAAGUGUGAAGUCAAUUGUUAACUCGUGUCAACGUUUGCACGCAAUAAUAACACUUUAAGAUUUCACAUCUCAUUAGAAGGCAUUUUCGGUGAAUGAACUUAUUCUUAGAUUAUAAACAAAAAACACGGGAUAACGGAGCUGCUAUAUCUAAGAAUAAAUCAUUUUACAAGAGAAAAUGGAUCGAUAUAUUUACGGGAUAUUUCAUUCAACUUGAUUACAUGAAAUAUCCCUUGUUGCUUUUAACAAUGCGGGAGAUACAUAAGGAAGCAAUUACCUAGUUGAAGGAAUAUUAUGCAAACAUAAUAACAACAACUUUAUGGCCACAUUAUAAACACAUAGCUAUAUAGAAUACAGAAGAGAUUAUAUAUAAAAUUGAUCUCUAGUUUACUUGUAUCAGCUAACCAGUCCAUUAGAAAGCUAUCAAUAUCACAAAGUUCCCGAUCUCAAACAAGUGUAGAUAAGUAUAAAUGACACAUAGAAUGCUUUGUCCCGAAUUGCUUUUCCGGUUCAUUAAGAAAAA